UUAACCGCUAUGUAACCACAAGAUUCAGAUAAUCAUAGCAGUGAAUUUUGUUUUUGGAAGUCACGUUUCACGGUGAUCUGUAAAGACGUUUAUUUCGUUUAUUUUUAUUUAAAAUCCUGAGAUCAACCCAAAAUGGCGUUACACGUUCCGAAAGCUCCGGGUUUCCAACAAAUGUUAAAGGAUGGUGCCAUGGUAAGUAUUCUAUGAAAACAACUUGGUACAGGUGUAGUUUACUGACUUUUCGGUAUUGUCGAAUCGUUCUAGCAUCUUUCCGGUCUCGAAGAAGCGGUGUACCGUAAUAUCGCAGCCUGCAAACAAUUCUCCGACACCGUUAAGACAGCAUAUGGCCCGAAUGGCAUGAACAAAAUAGUAAUAAACCACAUUGACAAAUUAUUUAUUACCAAUGACGCUGCCACCAUCGUCAAAGAGCUUGAUGUAAGUGUUUUUUAAAUUUCUAUUACUGAAAAGCCAAUAACUUUUUUUUUUUAUAAUUCAACUUUGUACAGAUUGAACAUCCGGCAGCUAAAAUCAUUGUGUUCGCAUCCGAGAUACAAGAACAAGAAGUUGGCGAUGGAACUAACUUUGUUGUAAUUUUUGCUGGAGCACUGCUGGAACAGGCCGAACAUUUAUUGAAGAUGGUUUGUACAACUGGUGUUUUUUAAAUAUUUGUAUUAAUUAUUCAUCUCAGCAGUACUUAAUUUACAUUUUAUUGUAGGGUUUAACUCCAGUUGAGGUAUGCGAAGGUUUCCAGAUAGCUCUAGAAAAAACUCUUGAAUUAUUACCUACACUGACUUAUCAUGAAAUCAAAGAUAUCAAGAAUAAUGCUGAACAACAAGUAAUAAUGCAAGCUGUAAAGUCUUCCAUUAUGAGCAAACAAUAUGGCCAAGAGCAGUUCAUCACAGAUCUAGUUCUAAAAGCAUGUUGUAAGUAUGCUUAAUAUUGUUUAAAAACGUGUUUAAGGAAAUUGCUGAUGGUGUAUAUUUAUGUCGAUUUAGACUUUGAAUCCAGACAAAGCUAUAGAAAUUGUAGAUAGAUUAAAAUUUUGAAAACAAAUUAUGAUUCUUUUAGUUGAAAAUAAAAAUUGAAUUAUUUUAUUGAAAAUCCUGAAAAAACAUGCUUUUCAAAAAUGUACUUUGCCUUUUACCUGUGAUAAAGAAAAUUAAAAGUAAAAAUAAUUCUAUUGUUUCCUAGUGAGAAACUCGAAAAAUUCUAAAAAGUUUUUAAUAUUGAAAUCUAUCAAAUGCAUUUGCUAUAAUUUUGCUGGUUUUUCGGUCUAAAAUGUUUUAUAGGUCACCAAAGCUUCAGCUUUCUCUUUAAUUAUUUUAGGAAAUGAUUACGAAUAUAAUUUUUUUUUUUUUGUUUAGCUUCAAUUCUUCCAGAGAAAACUACAUUCAAUGUUGAUAAUAUAAGAGUUUGCAAAAUUUUGGUAAUUAUAAAAUUAUUCAAUAAUAUAUAUAUUUAUGAAAUUUGAUUAUAUAAUACAUUUUUAGUCAGAUAAAUCAAAAAAAAAGUAUACAAUUUUUUUUUUACAAACAUCUCAACAUACCUAAAUAGUGUACUAAAGUAGAAAACCAAAAUUAAUUUUCGUUUUAAACUACAAACUAUGAUAAUUUGUAACUAUACAUAAGUUGGAUGUUUACAGUUUCACUGAUUCAUCACAUUACCUUUCAAAUGCUCUUUCUCGUUUUACAUAGCUAGGAUUUAUACUGGCGUAUGAGAUUUGAGUGUAUAUAUGUGUGUGUGAUAAGUUAGGUUAGAUAGGUUUGGAUAAGUGGAUAGGAUAGGGUAUAAUAUCGGAAGUCCCUUACAUUCAAUAUGUGUUGCAGGUGAUCAUAAAAAAAAAUGAAUAAUAUCUCUUAUUUUGUAAUUGUUACUUUUUCCUAAGGGUUCGAAUUUGUACAAUUCAUCUGUUGUAAAUGGUAUGGUAUUCAAACGUACAAAUGAAGGAGACAUCACUAAACAGACAAAUGCCAAGAUCGCUGUAUACACAUGCCCUAUUGACAUUACUACGACCGAGACAAAAGUAUAAUAAACAAUAUUUAAACACAAACUAUCAGUUUUAUGUUUUUUUUUUUUUUUAUUAUUAUUCUUAUUAUUUUUUUAGGGAACAGUUUUAAUAAAGUCUGCUGAUGAAUUACAAAACUUUAGCCGCGGUGAAGAAAUGGUGCUUGAAGAACAAAUCAAAGCAAUCGCCGAUGCUGGUGUCACUGUAAUAGUCGCCAGUGGGAAAUUUGGCGACAUGGCUCUACAUUAUUUGAAUAAAUACAAAAUUAUGGGUGUUCGUUUAAUGAGUAAAUUUGAUUUAAGACGAUUGUGCAAAUCAGUUUCAGCCACAGCAUUACCCAGACUUGUAAGUAUUCUAGUUCUGAUCUGAAAUCUUAAUUAUAUUUAGCCAAUAUGUUGUUUGGUUUUAUGGGUUUCCAAAAGAAAUUUAAACAACUAAUUGAAUUUAAGUAUCUGUUAUGAUAUACCUUUUCUCCUACAUCAAAGCACUUAUUGUAAUGCUCACUCUUAUCAUUUUUAAAUAUAAUUUUAUUUUUCUUUUGAUUUUUUUCUGUAUAGAAAAACGAGUUAUUGUUAUUUUUCAUAUUUGUAACAAUGACAAUAGCUUUUUGAAUCAAUUUAGAUAAUAUUCUAUUAACUCUUUUUUGAGUCUAGCAGAUAAAAUUAUUAACCUAAUUGUUCUACAGUUUAGUAUUAUAAUAAAAAAAAAACAAUGUAUACAUAUAGCAUUUAUAACUUCUCCAAGUAACCCUAAAUUGUUUAAUAUAGGGGCAUUAGAUGGUUUUAUUGUUUUUUAAAGUUAACUAAUAGUUAGAGACAUUUAUUUAGACACCUCCAAAUAAAGAAGAAAUUGGUUAUGCUGACUGUGUAUAUGUAGAUGAGCUUGGAGACACUUCAUUAGUCGUAUUCCGUUUAGAUGGUAAGGACUCUCGCAUGUCUACAAUUGUUGUACGUGGUGCCACCGACAACUACAUGGAUGAUAUCGAAAGAGCUAUUGAUGAUGGAGUAAACACAUUCAAAGGAAUAACAAGGGUAUGUUUUGAAAAACUUGUGUACAAAUAUCAAUACUUAAAUGAUAUUUUCUUAUUGAAAAUAAUUGAUUUAAUUUUCUAAUUCUAAGUCUGUAAAUUUCAAUGGGAAAAAGUAGUUUUCGUCACUUGUUAAUUUUGUUACGCAUAUUUUAACAUUUUAGUGCAUAUAAAUCCGCGCUUUACUCAUAAUCAAUAACACUUGAUCAGUAACACACUUGUGUAUUGGAAAUAUCCUCGGUAUUUAAAUAUUUUAAAUUUCUCAUAUAGGAUGGAAGAUUACUACCUGGAGCUGGGGCCAUUGAAAUGGAACUCGCUUACCAAGUCGGUUUAUAUGCUGAUACGUUACCCGGACUAGAACAAUACGGUGCUAAACGAUUUGCAAACGCUUUGGAAGGUUUUAUUAAAAUUCUGGCCGACAACACUGGUGUAAAAUCCAACGAAACUCUUGCUGAACUCUAUUCUCAGCACAGUAAAGGCAAUAAAAAUGCCGGUUUUAACAUUGAAGUAUGUAUAUUGUGUGCUUUUUUUUUAUUUUUAAAAUUAAUUUUCAUUUAAUUUUUAGCCAAAGGGAUCGUCAUUAAUAGAUUCCACCAAAGCUGGAAUCUUCGAUUCCUACCUCUCUAAGUUUUGGGGACUGCAAUAUGCAACACAAGCUGCGUGCACAAUUCUAAAAGUUGAUCAAAUCAUAAUGGCCAAACGGGCAGGAGGUCCACAAGCGCCUGGUGGACGUGCACCUGACAACGAUGAUGAUGCAUAAUUUUUCCAAAUCUUUUCAAUUAUUUGCUUAACUAAUUUCAAGUUACUAACUUAAUUUAAAAUUAUAAUAGUAAUAAUAAUAAUAAUACUAAGCAUAUUUUUUACUUGCAAUGUUAAGAAUUCAUUUUAAAAAUUCUAAUAAACCAAUAUAUAAAAUGGUCUUUAAACUUAUUUAAUUACCUUCAAUAUUUUUAUUCUUUCUACAAAUCCAAUAAUCCAAUUGUAUCUUGUAAGUUAUAUAAAAAAAAAAAAAAUAUUUUUUAUAUUAAUUAAUGAAAAUUUGUAUUUAUUUUAUAAAACAUACAUUUGUAUAUAUUUUUUAAUACGAAAAUAAUCUUAAAUAUAAUAAGAAACAAUUAUACAAAAAUUAUAACUUGUGAUAUCAAAAUUGUUAAUUUAUAUUAUCAUUACAAUUUAAAAAAAAAAAAAUUACACUGCACAGUGCACAUAUUAUAAUAUUGUUUGCAUUUUAUUUUAUUAUAACUUUUGGUUUACAUUCAUUCUAAAAAUAAACAUACUUUAUAAUUUUUGAAGUAGUGUAAGCAAUUUUAUGAAUUUCUCACAUGUCUGUAUGUACUCAAUCUGUAUAUUUGGAAUUUCAGUUUUUACUAAACGAUUAGUCAAGCUCACCAUUAUAGAUUCCAUAAUAACUAUUUAUUUUAGUUUAUAUUAUAUUAUUCAUUCUAGAUUAGGCUUUAU